AUGGCGGAACAAUUCGUCGGUCGAUGGGUGAUGCAAGGACUCAGUUGGCCCCUCCGCAAAGUUCUCUGCUUAGCAGGCUUGCGUAUAGACGUAACCGCCACCCCGGGGAAGCCGGAUUCGUCUCAAGGUAUGGAUCCUCGAGAACAAAUCAUCACGGUCAAUGCAACAGUCACCGGCACACCCACGGGCGGGUUGGGAGGCUCCACGGAGGUCAGGAAGAUGGAUUGGAGCAUCCUUGAGAGAGACGAUUUUCUAUUCGGACCGUUACAGGAGCAAAGCCACUUUGUUUACCCCAAGGAACGCGGAGAUGAGCAUGAAAACACAGACAAAGGGGUGUACCCGGAUGUUGAAAUGAAGACAAAGGUGGAUGACCUGAGGGCGGGCAGGUUUCUCCGCGGGGAGAUCUAUGAGAAUGGAAGUGAGAGUCUCUGGGAUCUCACGGGGCGGAAGAGAGGAGAUGAGGAGGAGAAAGAAGGGAAACAGGACGGGCCUGUAUGGGUUCAUACAUUUGUCCGGAACCUGCGCGGGAAUAGAUGGACGGCGGAGCAGAUCUGGGGCUUCGAGGUCAUCAAUGGCGAACGAUGCCAUACUCGACGCGUUGUUGUUGCGAAUACCAAGGGCCAAUAUGUGCUGGCUAGGCUAGUGUACAAGUACGUUGGUGAAGAAUCUGAGCCGAAAAAAUAG